AUCGACACUCCGCGCGACCCGACACCUUCAAACAAAACCGUCACCGACAACCAACCGCAAACAUGUCUCACGAAUCCGUCUGGUACUGCCGCCCACGCACCUACGGCAAGGGCUCCCGCGAGUGCCGUGUCUGCACCCACCAGGCCGGUCUCAUCCGCAAGUACGGACUCAACAUCUGCCGUCAAUGCUUCCGCGAGAAGGCUGCCGACAUCGGUUUCACCAAGCACCGUUAAACGUCGACGCGAUGGAAUGGCGGAAGAGGGACGGACGAAAGGUGCAAUUGGUCUGGCGCUGUUGAACGGAGGAAUGUCUCAGCACAUCAGGCACAGACGUUCUUGAGGACGGCGAUCCUCGACUUGCGGACCGGAAGAUGAAAAGCAUGGAUGAAAAGCACGACUCCGAUUCCGCAGCUACACAAGAUACGAAUGUUCAAAUUCUACCCGCGAUCUGGGCUUCGGCACUUCCC